UUCCUGGUUUGAAUCGAGUCGAGUGCGCGUUCUCGACGAGCACUUCCGGUCCUGUUUCCUGUGUUUGUAAAUUGUAGCUCGCGCUAGCUGAUGUGGACGAAGAUAAAGAUCCAGUUGUUGUUUUUUUUUUUUACCCACAUACCAAAAGACCUGAAGGACGAAAACUGGUGCCAGAUGAUAGCAGUGGGCGUGUCCUAUUGUCUAGUGCAUCAUCCUGAGUGACAGCUUCUUGUCCCUCCCUUUGUCCCUGUUUUCUUCAGUGAUGUCACACAUACCAACCACCUCGGUCCGUGACCAUAUGAAAUGGGCGGGGCUGCUCGGCUGUGAAGCUGUCCUCUCCAGCAUGGCUCUGAUGCAGGCCAGCACCAUUUCUGCUCCAAAGAAGAUGAUGACAUCACUGGCCCCACCCCCUGUUCCAGGUUCUACUCAGAGAGACCCGCAGGGACACAUGGGAUUAACGGCAGCCAUGACCUGCCCUCCUCUGCUUGUUCGUAAAGAAGGCGACUUUCACGCCCCCCGCCUUUUGGAUGAGAAGGAAAUGAGACCAAACGAGGACUUGCAGCUUAAGAAGAAGCACAGGAAGUCAGGAACGCCCUGUAAAGUCCGAGAGCAGGAGGGGAAAGGAGGGAAGGCUGUUGUAGUGGACGAGAACGGGAACUGUUCUCUUUCCAAAGUGCAGAAGAACUUCAUCUGCGAUCACUGCUACGGAGCCUUCAGAAGCGGCUAUCAUUUGAAACGCCACAUUCUCAUUCACACCGGUGAAAAGCCAUUUGCUUGUGCCAUAUGUGACAUGAGGUUUAUUCAGCGUUAUCAUUUGGAGAGACACAGCCUCACUCACACUGGGGUGAAACCGUAUGCGUGCACCAUGUGUGACAUGCGAUUUUUCCAACGUUACCACCUUCAGAGACACAGCCUCAUACAUACGGGGGUGAAGCCCUACGCUUGCUCCAUGUGCGACAGGCGUUUUUUCCAACGCUACCACCUGCAGAGACACAGCCUCACUCAUACGGGGGUGAAGCCGUACGCUUGCUCCAUGUGUGACAUGAAGUUUUUUCAGCGUUACCACCUGCAGAGACACAGCCUAACCCAUACGGGGGUGAAGCCGUACGCUUGCUCCAUGUGUGACAUGAAGUUUUUUCAGCGUUACCACCUGCAGAGACACAGCCUAACCCAUACGGGGGUGAAGCCAUAUGCUUGCUCCAUGUGCCAUAUGAGGUUUUUUCAGCGUUGUCACCUUCAACGACACACCCUCACCCACACGGGGGUGAAGCCAUUUGCUUGCACCAUGUGUGAUAUGAGGUUUUUUCAACGCUACCACCUCCAGAGACACAGCAUCACCCAUACGGGAGUGAAGCCUUACGCUUGUUCCAUGUGUGACAUGCGUUUUUUCCACCGUUACCAUCUGCAGAGACACAGCCUCACUCACACGGGGGUGAAGCCCUAUGCUUGUAACAUGUGCGACAUGCGUUUUUUCCAACGCUACCACCUCCAGAGACACAGCCUGACCCAUACGGGGGUGAAGCCGUACGCUUGCUCGAUGUGCGACAUGAGGUUUUUUCAACGUUACCACCUCCAGAGACACAGCCUCACUCAUACGGGGGUGAAGCCGUACGCUUGCUCCAUGUGUGACAUGAGAUUUUUCCAGCGUUACCACUUGGAAAGACACAGCCUCACUCACACGGGUGAGAAGCCAUUUGCCUGUGACAUGUGUGACAUGCGCUUCAUCCAGAGAUAUCACCUGGAGAGACACAAGCGUGUACACAGUGGAGAGAAACCGUAUCAGUGUGAACGAUGCCAACAGAAUUUCUCGAGAACAGAUCGGCUGCUCAGGCACCGACGUUUGUGCCAGGGAAAGGGUGUGGCUAAAGUGGAGGCCACACCCUGCUGCGAGCCGCGCCCCUUUUCUCAAGACCCUCUCCCGGCUCCGCCUCCAGCUCCGCCCAACACCUGGAGUCGACUCGCAGUCUGACAUUCUCUCAUAACGACCAGCACAGAAACGAAAAAAACGACGAACACACUCCUGGCUCUCUGACUGCCGACUCGCUCGGCAAUUCAACAAGACAGAUUCUUCCAGAAAGAGAAAAGGAUGAAAAGCUUCUUUACUUUGUUUGUGCUAACGAUUACUUUAAAAGAGGGACCUGUUCUGGAUUUCUUUUAAUACAUUUAAAUGAUUUAUUCUCUUAUUUUUUUCUUUUCUUUUAUUCUUUUUUUUUUUAUUUUUGUCAGUUUGUGGCUGAAGACAAGACAAGAGCUCACUAGAUAACUGGGUGAGAGAUGAACAGCAUUUCUCUAAUCUUUCUGCUGUUCUAGUUCGUCACAGUUGGUCAGGGAGCGAACAGAUUAAAGUUUUGACGCAAGAUGUUUCGUGCAACAUGAGCUGUGUGUCGGCUGCAGCUUUACACAGCUGAGGUUUUUCUGGAACUCUCCAGACUUCAUAUUGUUAUUCGUCCUCCGAUUUAGCCGCUCACCGUGUGUGUGUGUAAAUAAGCGUGUUAAGUGAGUUUUUUUUAAUUAUUAUUAUUGUAACACUUCACGUACACACUUGCAUUACUGCUACAUAACGUUCCAGCUAGUGAACUCUAAAUGGUGAUCGAAUUUAAGUUUCUUUGCUUUUCAAACCUAGUCCACCGAUCCUGAUCCUGUGGCCAGGGAGUGUUGUAACCAGCAGCGGCUGCACUUCUUUCAAUCAGAUCACCACUUAAAGAUGAACAUAAACUUCAUGUUUUUUUUUUUUUUUUUUAAACAACAGCUUUGUUCUUGAUGCUACUUAAAGGGAGGUUUGUUCUGUUUCAUUCCUCCCAAAAAAAAAAGUUUCCACUUCAACUUUUUUUUAAGCAAUAAUACUAAUAACAUCCAAAAACCCUUAUCAACGAGUUGAGCUGUUGCCAUGGCGAUGCGAUGACGUCAGUUUUGGUCCUGUGUCUCUUCAGCUCUGGAGCGAAGCUGAUCUCAGGCUCUUAGGCAGAUGAUGUGAAGAUGAAACAGUCAAGACUCUUUCUCCAAACGAACAAAUUCCUUCAGUAUGAAACAGAAGCUACGUGUUUAAAGACCUCGAGCGACAUUUUAGCGAGACGUUUACGCUCCCUGGCCUUUUGUGAGAUCUUCCCCCUCAUCACUAUAACUUUAUUGCUUAAUGGAUAUCGUGCUGACAGACUUUUCCGUAACAUCGGUGACUCCAGGGGACUACACAUCCCAUCAUGCAUCUCUUCACAGACUGCCAGCCUUCUGCCAGAAUUGGACAUGUUAAUGUAGAGAGACUUCCUGUAAAUGAAGCUGACAGACUGAAGGUUCAUCACGUUACUCUUGUUCAGAAAUUAUUUACAGCUUUGUAUCUUGUUUUACUUGCAGUUUGUACCUUGUUUCUGUUUAGUUUUUGUCCUGUUUUGUGUACGUGUUGGUGGAUAUUAACACACCGAUGACACUGAUGUACUUUCUGAGGAGAUCUGGCAACCCGCUGCCAAACGAGAGAGAGGAUAAUGGCGAAAAAAAAAAAUAACGCUAAAAUACUUUGCAGCGUCCACGAUGACGAUCCUGUGUUCAAUAUUGUGAUGUUUGGUGUCACUGAUGAUCGGCACAUUCCUGCUAACGCCACAAACCGCUUCCUUCUCUCACCGAGUAUAUUUCAUUUAUCUUCUUCGAAUAUAUCAAAUAACGGACUACAACAGUUUUAGUUCUGUAGCAAUAUGCUGUGUAUUUUUUAAUAUUUUUUAUUUCUAAUAUAAAUUUAAAACACUGGAGUGAAAAAAAAGAACUAGACUUAUUUUUUCCCCCCUUUUGGUUUUCUUGCUUUUUUCCCCCUGAUAUUAAAGAUAGCGUGUAGUUGUUUAGUCGGUUCUGUCUCUUCAGAACCAGACAAUUUCCUCCUGCUGCCUCCGUAACGUUCAUGUUGAGGUUUAACGAAGUGCGAGACGUUUUGCAGCUCGCCGCUUUAGUGAAUUCUGUUUAGAGUAUUAGACAAGAAAAGAAACUGCACCAGUCGUAGCUAACAGUAGUUCUGUUCUCUUGCAUGCCCUGGCAGUUCUCACUGUAAAAAAAAUUACAAAUAAAAAAUACAAACACGUUGAUUUUUGUUCUUUAAACAAAAGACAUGUAUUGAUGAUUAAUGUUAAAUGAAUCCAGACCACCUCGUUAUCUGACUUUGUUGUGUGCAGUGAGCAGAGGGGCUUCAGUUACACCUGUGUGUGUGUGUGCGUGUGAGAGAGUGUGCGUGUGAGAGAGUGUGCGUGUGAGAGAGUGUGCGCGCGCGUGUGUGAGAGAGUGCGUGUGAGAGAGGGUGCGUGCGUGAGAGUGCGUGUGAGAGAGGGUGCGUAAGUGUGUGUGUGAGAGAGUGUGCGUGUGUGUGAGAUAUUUUACAUUAGUUGGUCUAUUGCACUUCUGUUUAUAAAUAUACACACUGUUAUUCUUGUGUUUGAGUAGAUUUAAAAAGAAAUUGAUCUUUUAUCAUAUUUUUCUCAAAUCUCUUAGUAAGUAACACUAAAAAAAAACCUUGUGUACAUUUUGGUUCUUUUUUUUUUCCUGUGAGAAUAAACACAUUAAAUGGGUUAGUGUUUUGGGUUGCUAUGACUACAACAGCAUAAUAAUAAUAGAAUAUUUUCUUUUUCUGUUAUUAUUAUUUAACUCGCGUUAUUAAGAGUACAGUAGGUCCACAAUGCAGUUAAAUGAUUGCAUUCUUCAUAUUUACUGAAAAUAAAAUCGUUUCAUUUCUUCAUUUGUUUAGGAUGCUACUCACCACGGGAGGGCGCUCUUCUCUUUCUCAGACACGCGUCUGCUUUCAAACAAAACCUCAAGGCCUGAGAGGUUUAGGGGCCCAAAGGUCACACAGCCAAGCAGCUAAUACAAAAAUAGCGGAAAUCGACGACUAGUGUUAAUAAUAUCUUUUUCUGGCCAUGAAAAAAGUUUGAUUAUUAGAAAUGCUUUGUUUUUUUCACAGUUCAAUUUUUGGCAUUAAAACAUUUUUUUGUUAUUAUUAUUAUGAUUAUUAUUAUUAUGUUCUGACUUGUUCUGGUUAUCUGACAGCUUCUUUUCCUCAACUCCACAUUUUAAACUGCUUUUUUUUUCUCUUAUAAUAAACCACAUUAUAGAGAUUCUGUAUAAAAAUGUAAAUUCUAGUAGUCGACGUGUUCCAUACGAAACACUAAACUUUGUGUCUAAAGGUGUGUAUAAUUAUACGUGUAUUAUUACUGUUCUAUAUAAAGUCCGAAGUUAGAGACACAAAGCAGCCAUGUGUCUGUUCUCACACACACACACACACACACACCCUGGUGCUGGACUGUGGGGCAGCCCUAGUGUAAUGAACUGAUGUAAAUUAAAGCUGCUGUAAAAGUCAGUUGUAAACUGCUACAGGAACCAAUAAUAAAUGAUGAACAGCCUCAUUAUAAUAAAAAAAGUCCUGCUGCAGUGAGAGGAACAAAAUGUGGAAAAGUGAAGUAUGUUAAUGACUUUGAAAAUACAGUACAAAGAUAAAAUACAAAAA